AAAACGCAUGUCGUUUGCAUAUGAAAGCUUAUGGUCGGCCUCUCACUCGAUACACGACGAUAGUUUGUGCAAGUCGGGGUGUCAAUGGAGAAGGGUUGUGAGCAGCCAUGGAGGGUCCUCGAGUUCUACAGUGGUAUCGGUGGCAUGAGGUAUUCGUUAAUGAAGGCGGCAGUGAAUGCCAACGUUGUUGAAGCAUUCGACAUCAACGACACUGCUAACGAUGUUUAUCAGCACAACUUCGGACAUCGUCCCUAUCAGGGUAACAUUCAAAGCCUUACUGCUGCUGAUCUUGAUAGAUAUGGCGCAAAUGUAUGGCUUCUGUCUCCUCCUUGCCAACCUUACACUAGACAAGGUCUCCAAAAGCAAUCUGGUGAUGCUCGGGCAUUCUCAUUUCUCCAGAUUCUGGAGUUGAUACCACACAUUUCACAACCUCCAACUAUGCUAUUUGUGGAAAAUGUUGUUGGAUUUGAGACAUCUGAUACACAGGGAAAAAUGAUUGAGAUAUUGAGAAGCAGUGAUUUUAUCACACAGGAGUUCAUAUUGAGUCCCUUGCAGUUUGGUGUACCAUAUUCCAGGCCACGCUAUUUUUGUUUGGCAAAGAGGAAGCCCUCAACCUUUCGAAGUCAAGUUUUUGAUGAUCAACUUCUUUGGUCCACAGAGCCAUUAUUUGGGCAUACAAAUGUGGAUGACAAAGUGCUCUGUGAACUUGAUGAGCCACAAGGAAGCUCAGAUAAGUUGCUUGAAUCUUGUCAACCGAUAGAAAGCUUUCUUGAAUUCAAGAAUUGCAGUGAUCUCCCCAACUUUGUGGAUGGCACCACUGUUCCUACAGAUACCAUCAGAGCUUUGGAGGAAGAUGAAGAGAAUGGGUGUUGUACCUUUGAUCAGUACACUGUCCCCUCAAGCUUGAUAGAGAGAUGGGGAAGUGCCAUGGAUAUUGUCUACCCUGAUUCAAAGCGAUGUUGUUGUUUUACAAAAAGUUAUUAUCGAUAUGUGAAGGGCACUGGCUCCCUUUUGGCAACUGGGCAGCCAAAGAUAAAGGAUAAAGCAUCUUCACUGAAGGAACAGAGCCUUAGAUACUUUACCCCUAGGGAGGUUGCUAAUCUGCAUUCUUUGCCGGAAAGCUUUCAGUUUCCACCGCACAUAAGCCUUAGACAACGGUACGCAUUGCUGGGAAACAGCUUGAGCAUAUCAGUGGUUGCUCCAUUACUCGGAUAUUUAUUUGCUGAAUCAUCAUGAUUAUUCCAACACAAAUAUGUCACUCUGGUUACUCACUACCUUACCUCUGACAUGUACUAUGAACUACAAUGUUCCUUAAUGUAUCAAUUAUCAUAGUGCCACUGGAUUUUUUAGGCUUUUCAUCCUUAUCGAUAUCCAGUUUGUAUCAUAAUUGUUAUGAUCCGGCAGUUGUUUACCAAUGAAGACGGGAAAGUUUUUGCAUAGUUGACGCACUAAAAUCAGUAUCCGUUCUUUU